CCAUAGAAGAUCUAUGCCAUUUCCUGAGCAGGACUCUGAGGCUAGCACCUGGAGGACCAAGUCAAGAUCUGAAGAGAUGUUACAGGCAUUAGGGACAUAUUCUUCAAUGGAUUCUUUUGUGAUGGAAGUUGAGGUGGAUUCGUCUCAGUGGACUGACAUCAGUUCAGAUGCACAGGAGUUUGAGGCUGAAUCAUGGAGUCUCGUUGUGGAUCCGAUGUUCUGUAACAAGCAAGAAAAGGAUGUUGCCAAAAGGCAGGAUGUCAUUUUUGAGCUGAUGCAAACAGAAGUGCAUCACAUCCACACCCUCUUCAUUAUGUCUGAAAUAUUCAGGAAGGGAAUGAAGGAAGAACUACAGCUGGACCACAGCACGGUGGACAGAAUAUUCCCCUGCUUAGAUGAGCUACUGGAGAUCCAUAGGCAGUUCUUUUGCAGAAUGAGGGAGAGACGGCAGGAAUCGUGUGAGGAGGGGAAUGAGCGUAAUUUUGUAAUCAGCAGAAUCGGAGAUAUCCUUGUGCAACAGUUUUCAGAGGAAAAUGCAACUAAAAUGAAGAAAAUAUAUGGAGAAUUUUGCAGCCAUCAGAAAGAAGCUGUUAAUCUCUUCAAAGAGUUGCAACAAAACAAGAAGUUCCAGAAUUUUAUUAAACUGAGGAACAGCAAUUUGUUGGCACGCCGCCGAGGAAUCCCUGAGUGCAUUCUGCUUGUCACUCAGCGAAUCACCAAAUACCCUGUUCUAGUUGAAAGAAUAUUGCAGUACACAAAAGAAGGAUCAGAAGAACAUAAAGACCUAUGCAGAGCCCUUCGUUUAAUUAAGGACAUUAUUGCAGCAGUAGAUUUGAAAGUUAAUGAAUAUGAGAAAAGGCAAAAACUGAUGGAAAUUCUCAACCGAACUGAAAACAAAACAUAUACAAAGCUGAAAAGUGGACACAUUUUUAGGAAGCAAGACUUGAUGGGGAAAGAGAGAAUACUUCUUCAUGAAGGUUUAGUAUACUGGAAAACAGCUACUGGUCGUUUCAAAGAUACCCUAGCUCUGCUUCUAACUGAUAUGCUGCUGUUCUUACAAGAAAAAGAUCAGAAGUACAUUUUUGCAGCUGUUGUAAGUAUAUUAUCAGACUUGUGAAUAUAUAUGUUACUU